CUGAUGAUAUGCAGGUUUCAUAAUGUACAACCUGGAUGUUUCUGACCUGUAAAGGACUUAUACGGUUUGGAAGUGAUCAAACACUGGGGGUAGAAAGAGAAACUUAAAAUAAUGUCUCAGCUACUUACCACUCUUCUCCUCUUUUGUCUUCUCCCAUCUGUGGAUCCUUUGUUCUGUUAUACGUGUGUAUUUCCUGCAAUCUCCCCACUGGACUGUCUGAAGUUCCCUACCAGGUGUCCACCAGGUCAGCUGUGCCUUUCUAGCAAAUCUGUUGGAAAGAGAGGUGAUUUUCAGGUCAUCUUGUAUGAAAAGAGCUGUGUUCUUCCUGUAUUUUGUGGCAUUACAGGAGAGAAGUUUGCUAUGGGUGUAAACUUCACUUUUACCAAUGACUGCUGUAACACUCAACUUUGCAACGGUGUCUCAACCAAUUCUGCUUUCUUUGGGCCCAGCACUCUGCUCUCAGUUCUUAUGAUAUUUCUUUAUUUACAGUAAGCUUAACUAAUGAUCUGUAAUGCAGAA